CUCCCGGCCGGGGUCGAUCCCUGCAAGGAUCCCCUGGGAUUCCUCAGCCCCCAGCUGGGAUCCGGAGCCUGCGGGAACUCGGGAUCCGCCGGGGGAUCGGGAUCCGCCGGGAAUUCGGGAUCCUACGGGGGAUCGGGAUCCGCCGGGAAUUCGGGAUCUUAUGGAAAUUCGGGAUCCUAUGGAAACUCGGGAUCCGCCGGGAACUCGGGAUCCUACGGAGGAUCGGGAUCCGCCGGGAAUUUGGGAUCCUAUGGAAAUUCGGGAUCCUAUGGAGGAGGCUCCGGAUCCUCCGGGAAUUCGGGAUCUUACGGAGGAUCGGGAUCCGCCGGGAAUUCGGGAUCCUAUGGAGGGUCAGGAUCCUCUGGGAAUUUAGGAUCCCAUGGGAAUUCGGGAUCUUAUGGAGGAGACUCUGGAUCCUACGGGAAUUCGGGAUCUUACGGGGGAUCGGGAUCCUCUGAGAAUUCCGGAUCCUAUGGGGGAGGCUCUGGAUCCUACGGGAACUCGGGAUCCUAUGGAGAUUCGGGAUCCUAUGGAGGGGGGUCAGGAUCCUACGGGAAUUCGGGAUCCUACGGGGGAGACUCUGGAUCCUACGGGGGAUCGGGAUCCUCCGGCACCUCGGGAUCCUCUGGAAAUUUGGGAUCUUAUGGGAAUUCGGGAUCCUAUGGAGGGGGAUCAGGAUCCUAUGGGGGGCUGGGAUCCUCUGGGAAUCCGGGAUCCUACGGAAAUUCGGGAUCCUAUGGGGGAUCCAGCUCAGGAUCCUACGGAUCCGGGUCAGGCCGGCCUGGAUCCCAAGGGGGAAUUGGAUCGGGAUCGGGAAGACCCGGAUCUGGAUCCGGAUCGGGCAAACCGGGAUCGGGAUCAGGCAGACCUGGAUCUGGAUCUGGAUCUGGAUCUGGAUCGGGAUCGGGAUCUGGUUCAGGCAGACCUGGAUCUGGAUCCGGAUCAGGAUCGGGAUCGGGAUCAGGCAGACCGGGAUCCCAAGGGGGAGGCGGAUCCGGCUCCUACGGGGGAUCCUCGGGAUCCUACGGGGGAUCCUCGGGAUCCUAUGGGGGAUCCUCGGGAUCCUAUGGGGAUGAUGAUGCGGGAUCCUACGGAGGGGAUUCGGGAUCCUAUGGAAAUUCAGGAUCCUACGGAAAUUCGGGAUCCUACGGAGGGGAUUCGGGAUCCUACGGGGGCGGAUCGGGAUCCUACGGAAAACCAGGAUCCUAUGGGGGAUUUGGAUCCUAUGGAAAACCAGGGUCUUACGGAAAACCGGGAUCCUACGGGGGCGGAUCGGGAUCCUAUGGAAAACCAGGAUCUUACGGAAAUUCGGGAUCUUAUGGGGGCAAACCGGGAUCUUAUGGAAAUUCAGGAUCCUAUGGAGGAAAGCCGGGAUCCUAUGGAAAUUCGGGAUCCUAUGGGGGAGGAUCAGGGUCUUAUGGAAAACCUGGAUCUUAUGGGGGAGGAUCGGGAUCCUAUGGAGGGUUGGGAUCCUAUGGAAAACCUGGAUCCUAUGGGGGUGGAUCAGGAUCCUAUGGAAAACCGGGAUCCUAUGGAAAUUCGGGAUCCUAUGGGGGAGGAUCAGGGUCGUAUGGAAAACCUGGAUCCUACGGAGGAGGAUCAGGAUCCUAUGGAAAACCUGGAUCCUAUGGGGGAUUGGGAUCCUAUGGAAAACCUGGAUCCUAUGGGGGUGGAUCGGGAUCCUAUGGGGGAUCGGGAUCCUACGGAGGGGGAUCGGGAUCCUAUGGGGGAUCGGGAUCCUACGGGGGGUCGGGAUUCUCCGGGGGGGAUUUGGGAUCCUCCGGGGGAUCCCGGCAGCGCCCCGGCUACAAAAACCCCGGGAUCCCCUUUGUGCCGGGGCUGCAGCACCCGGCCCGGAUCGGGGGGAGCUUCCCGAUCCGGAUCCGGUCUGGGAUCCAGACUGGGAUCCGGCUCGGGAUCCGGAUUGGGACCCGGAGUGGGAUCCGGUUCGGGAUCUGGCUCCGGAUCCGGACUGGGACCUGGAGUGGGAUCCGGUUCGGGAUCCGGCUCUGGAUCUUCCCAGGGAUCCUCCCAGGGAUCCGGGGCCGGAACCGAUCCGGGAUCCGGCUCCAGGGACGGGAACGGCUGCGGGGGGUGCCGGAAAUAGGGGAGGGGUCCCAGAAGGUUCCGGAGGAUCCCGGAAGAUCCUGGAGGAUCCCAGAAGGUCUCAGAGGGUUCUGGAGGAUCCUGGAGGAUCCCAAAGGGUCCUGGAGGGUUCCAGAGGAUCCCGGAAGAUCCUGGAGGGUCCUGGAAGGUUCUUGA